AUGGCGGCGUGCGCAGGGUCUCGCGCGGGCCUGGCCGCGCUGGCGGUGUCUUCGGCUCAUGCGUUCUACUUGCCCGGCGUUGCCCCGAUCGAGUACCAGGAGGGCGGCGCCGUCGACCUCAAAGUGAACAAGCUCACAUCUGUGAAGACGCAGCUGCCAUAUGGCUACUAUGUACUGCCGUACUGCAAGCCGCAGGCUAUCCAGGACAGCGUGGAGAAUCUAGGGGAGAUCUUGACGGGAGACUUGAUCGAGAAUUCGCCGUACAGUAUCAGAAUGUUGGUGGAUGCAAGCUGCAAAGUGUUGUGCAAGCAGACGCUCGGGGAUCUUCAGAAGGAGAAGUUUCGCAGCAUGAUCGACGACGAAUACUUAGUCAAUUGGAUCGUCGACAACUUGCCUGCAGCCACGAGGUACAUUCGUAGAAGUGAUGGGCAGCGGGUUUUAUGUACAUGA